GCUUCUCACACACCAGCUAAUUUGAGCAACGCGAGCGCGAUUCAGAUUUGUGCACUAGCCCAGGAGCAAUCCUUUCGUCGAUUUUCGUAACCUUGCUCAUGGUGACGGUGGAUCCGCAACUGGCGCGAACCCAUGCUAGACCCCGCAUCUAACCAUCGAGUAUCAAACGCUUUAUCGCCCUCGACAUACUGGUAUAGAUAUAGGGCAGCUCUCUCCGACUCAUGUGGAUGCUUUUUCUUACCCACUUCCCUCGGCACGAGGCUAUGAGAUCUUAAGCUUUUUCGCAACAAGACCCACACGAUAGAACUACUUGCAAUGCGAUCACGAACCGGAUGUCUCACUUGCCGUCAGCGGAAGCUGAAGUGUGAUGAAAAGAAACCUGUGUGUGGGCAGUGCACCAAAGCCUCAAGAGAAUGCAUUCCCAGCUCAGGUAUCGUCUUUCGCCACCAGCACAAUGCCUCCAUGAACGGAGAAGACUCAGGGGAUGAGAACUCCCUGAAAGGCUUCUACGCGUACAAAAACACAUUUGACGAGGAUGCCAUCUGGAUGGACAUUCCUAAGCAUGUAACCUUCAUCAACACCACCAACCCAUACCUUGAUCCUGGCACACCCGACUUCGACAACAUGUCGACAGCGUCGAUGGAGUCGCCGGGACCAUUCGAGACUCGCUCUUUGCCUUCAUGGCGCACUCACAGCAACUUUCAUUCAGUUACCAGCACACCUUCCAGCAUGGGGCCAGAUCUGGCUCCGACCAGCGUUCCUUUCUGUUACACACCUGACCUCGAAGCCUUACCACCACUGAUGCAGUCACCACCAGCCUCAGUUGUAGGAACGCCCCUUUCUCCACCUCUUUCAUUAUGCAACCGACGCAUACAUCCCGUGAUGGACUUUACUGCCUCGACAGCCUCGCCGCCAAUAGACCCCCGUCUCAACUCACCAUACGACUCCGCCGACCACAUGCACCGCUCCGUUUCGAUAGCAAGCUCAAGACGCUCACCACCUCGAUCCGAUAGCGGUGUCUCUAUCGUUCAAGACGAUCACGAAAUUGCUUUCCUGCUCCGGUGGUUUUCAGAAGGUCCUGGCUACUGGAUGGAUUUGUACGACCUCGGCACAUACUUCGCGUCUUACGUUCCUGUACAGGCACGUGAGAACCCACUGCUCAAGUACGCAGCUGUUGCUUGUGCAGCGAAGUCUCUUGCACGUGUUCAAGGCCGCAAACCCGUCAUGGGAGGUAGCGUAACGCGUCAAGCUCGCAUGGAACAGUACCCCGAGGCAUCAAUGGUGGAUUGGAAGCACAAGGCGGCAGUAUACUACGAUACAGCUGUAUCACUACUGCUUCAUGCUCUCAAGAUGGAUGUCGCCUCCUCUCCCGACGAGUCAGAAUGCGAACUAAGAAAUACCAACUCGGCCUACGAUGGACCAGCACCCAAGCGACGACGGACAUCAAGCAACACCUCGUUUGUAUCCAACACCGACGAACUACUAGCAGCAUCGGCCAUCCUUUGUGUCUACGAGUUCUUAGAUACUUCCGUCUCAGACUGGACAAAACAUCUGAAUGGUGCCAAGUCUCUGCUCGUGCUUUCACAAGAGCACGUUAUGCCAUUACAACUACCAACACCCACAUCUUCGGUACCAUCCGCAAGCUUCAACUUUGCUUCCAAGGCUCGACGAGCAACCUUUUGGAACAUUGCCAGACAGGAUAUGCUCGCAGCCUUUAUCAACAAGACUAAUACACGACUGGACACCGAGGACCUCUCAUUAUGGAGAGAAGCUGGCCUCAAGAUCGAUGAUCAAGGCUACAUCAUGCCUAGUAAUACGACAGUAUGUGGUUUCCCGGAAGAUAACGACGUGAUGAGGGAAGACCUCAUCUGCAAUGCCCUUGUCUGGCUCAUGGCCAAGCUAGUCAACUUCAUGGCUGCAGGCGACGAAGUUUCUAAUGAAGCCGGCAUGGCAUGGGCAGGCGUCCCUCAGCGCACCCUCCUGGAUUACUGGUUCGGUCUACGAAAACAGUUCCAGGUCUGGCAUGAUGGCCUCCCGGUCACAUUCAAACCUUCCGCCAGGGUACCUUCGCAAGCAUCCGGGCCGAUGUCCAGCAACGAUAACGUGUCCAUGUUCACAGAGGUCUGGUACUCUAUACCCAUGUGCGCCUCCACCAUGCAGACAUACCACAUGUCACAAAUUCUCUUGUUCAUGAACAAGCCACACGAGUCCACCCAGGGGCGCAGCACUGUCGUCGCCCGCAUGAACUCUUACCAGUCGGUUCUGGCCACCUGCCAGAAGCACAGCCGCGAAAUUGUUGGCAUUUCGCUGGCUCGGUCUGACGAAGCGGUCCGGAUCCACUCCGUGCAACCCCUGUUCACUGCUGGCCAGUGCCUCAGUGACGCACGAGAACGCCAAGUCGUUUUACAUCUUCUACGUGACAUUGAGUCCGAUAUUGGUUGGGCCACAGACUACCGCGUGCGCCAGCUGUUCGAGCAGUGGCAAGGAGAAGAAUCAGAGGGUCUGGUACCAUGAAGCACUCCACUUGGAGGCUUCAACAGCCACACAAACUUUGCCCUUAGCAAGCCCGCCGCCAGCCUCCUGCUGUCAGCCUCAGCCAUGAGUCUAGGUACUACCGACAGCUUAGUCUGGGUAGCAGAGGUCCCGUACAAGCCACUACUAGCGUGCGCCUGGCCCUUGUCCAUGGUGCGGGAACUAUCGGAAGACUAGAGGAACACGAACUGUCAGUCCCAAAACCGACACAGGUCGCCCAGACCUCAUCGAGCGCAACGCCGAUGAUCGGACGGUCUGCUGCAAUGCGACCGCACGGGCUACAGCUUCAGAUUGUGGAAGAAGCGUGUAAAGAAGGAUCAGAUAGCAGGAAGAUUAGGAUUGCAGUAUUAGCCUGCAUCCGACAUAGAUAACAAGCAUACAUAGAGAUCGAAUAGAAGCUU